AUGAUAACCUCUUGGGUUGGGAGUGAACUCCCCUCACCUUCUUGCGUCCCGGAUGGCCAAGCGAGGGAAUGGAAUAUGGAGGUGUUUUCCUUCGAUGCCACUACUUUGGAGGAUACAUGUAUCUCGCUGGGAAGGAUGUUCAAUCUUGAACAUGUGGAGGGACAGGUUCUGGUCGAGGAGGUUUUAAGUAGUAAAGCAAAGGAGAUGCACAAGCGUAAGCUUCGCCCUGUUCGAACCAAACUGGAAAUGGAAAAAUUCCGCCUAGGGCCUUCUUCCUCAUUGGUGACCGGGUCGCGCAGGCAUAAGUCAAGGGAUGCUGGAGGUAAUCUCAAUUUCGUUAUUGAUGGAUAA